UAAGGUCGGGCCAUGGUGGGGAAGAGGUUGGGAAGAUGGCGUGGCGAGGCUUGGCGCAGAGAGGCUGGGGCUGUGGUCAGCCGUGGGCUCCGCCGGCGGGCGGCCGCAGCUGCGAGGAGCUCACUGCGGCCCUGGCUCAGCCGCGGCUGCUCGGGCGCAGGUUUAACUUUUUUAUUCAGCAAAAAUGUGGAUUCAGAAAAGCACCCAGGAAGGUUGAACCUCGAAGAUCAGACACAGGAACAAGUAGUGAAGCAUACAAGAGAAGUGCUUUGAUUCCUCCUGUAGAAGAAACAGCCUUUUAUCCUUCUCCCUAUCCUAUAAGGACUCUUGUAAAGCCUUUGUUUUUUACUGUUGGGUUUACAGGCUGUGCAUUUGGAUCAGCUGCCAUUUGGCAAUAUGAAUCACUGAAAUCCAGGGUCCAGAGUUAUUUUGAUGGUAUAAAAGCUGAUUGGUUGGAUAGCAUAAGACCACAGAAGGAAGGAGACUUCAGAAAGGAGAUUAACAAGUGGUGGAAUAACCUAAGUGAUGGCCAGCGGACUGUGACAGAUAAGGAAACUGGCUUUCAGAGAAGGAACUUUUCGAAGGUCACACUGCUAGCUGCGAGGCAUGCGGCAUCCCAGCUCCCUGACCAGGGAUUGAACUCGCACCCCCCUGCAUUGGAAGGCGAAGUCUCAACCACUGGACUGCCAGGUAUCAUAGCUGCAAAUGUUUUUGUAUUUUGUUUGUGGAGAGUACCUUCUCUACAGCGGACGAUGAUCAGAUAUUUCACAUCCAGUCCAGCCUCAAAGGUCCUUUGUUCUCCAAUGUUGCUGUCAACAUUCAGCCAUUUCUCCUUGUUUCACAUGGCAGCAAAUAUGUAUGUCUUGUGGAGCUUCUCCUCCAGCAUAGUGAACAUUCUCGGUCAAGAGCAGUUCAUGGCAGUGUACUUAUCUGCAGGUGUUAUUUCCAAUUUUGUUAGUUACGUGUGUAAAGUUGCCACAGGAAGAUAUGGACCAUCACUUGGUGCAUCGGGCGCAAUCAUGACUGUCCUUGCAGCUGUCUGCACUAAGAUCCCAGAAGGGAGGCUCGCCAUUAUCUUCCUUCCAAUGUUCACGUUCACGGCAGGGAAUGCCCUAAAAGCCAUUAUUGCCAUGGAUACAGCAGGAAUGAUCCUGGGAUGGAAAUUUUUUGAUCAUGCAGCACAUCUUGGGGGAGCUCUCUUUGGAAUAUGGUAUAUUACUUAUGGUCAUGAACUCAUUUGGAAGAACAGGGAGCCUCUAGUGAAAAUUUGGCAUGAAAUGAGGACUAACGGCCCCAAAAAAGGAGGUGGCUCUAAGUAAAACUGGGGUUGGACAAUACUGGUACGACUGGUCCAUGCUGCCUGAAGCCCUAGGAAUGCAUCGGCCCUGGAGUGACCACAUCUUUGCUCCUGCCUGGAAGACACUGAGCAUCUAGCUUUCCCAGUAUUUUAAACUAUGUCCCCAGUACAUGUCUCAUUAGAAAAUGAAUUAUGACAAAGUUGUGAAAUAAAGGUUUAUAUCUCUAGUUUGUAAA